GAAGAAAAAAGUAAAGAAUGGAAUAAAGAGGUGAAUGGCAACAUGGCAGCCCGACCAGAAGGCUAUCUCGAGUCGCUUCUCACUGAUGCCUUUAAGGGGAAGGGAUUUCAGAAAAUAAGUGAACUGCUUCAAGAGGGAGAAAUAGAGCCUCCCCAGAAAUAUAGCGAAUCCCUCUUCAACCAGCUAGACAAAGCACUGAGAAAGGAGCUGGACAAAAAUGCAUUCCAGAAUGUUUCGCUGCUGCUGAAAUGUAUUCAGCUCUACUUUAAAAGUGACCUUGAAGAAGGGACGAGUUUGUUUAUUGAGCAAGGACUGGUUUUAACUGAUUCUUUUAACUUUUACCUGGUAUCUUGGUUUGAAAGAGCAAGAACAUUUGUGAUCCUCAUCGACCCAAACGAGAAUAAAUUUUUGAUGUUACUUCUUGAAGACUUCUUUGACUCUGCUUUGGAAAGACCUUGCAAAAACUAUACUGGAGAUUAUGACCUUCAGGUUGCCCUUUCAGAAGCAGUUUGUAGGUUAAUGACAAAAAAAUGGAGGGAUGACCUUGUUCACCACUGGUUUGAAGAUAACUAUCUUGCUGAAGCUUUCAAAGAGAUCAAGGAUAGAGAAUUUGAGACGGACUGCAGAAAAUUUCUCAACCAGCUAAAUGAAAGGCUUGGGGAUGAAAGAAGAGUCUAUUCAUUUCCUUGCAUAUCUGCUUUUGCUGACAUGAACGAGAAACCUGAGAUUGAUACAGCAGUUGUGGGGUUUUUUUCUGGGAAUGGCAGCGCUGCUGUUGUACUUCCCCAGGUGAAGAAGCCAUCGGAUGAGAAGCUGGAGGAGUUCUGGAUUGACUUCAAUGCCGGCAGCCAGAGUGUGACUUUCUAUGUGGACAAGAAUGAUGGAGAAAAGAUUGUUAAAAUUUAUAUGAAGAUGCCUGCUACUUUUAACAAAACAGAAGUAACAAAAAUAAAAAUAUCUUUCAGUGCUGAGUUUGAAAUCUUAAGUAUACUUAGAAAAGUCCUGGGAGAUGAAAAAAUGAUGGUAAAUGUGGCUGAAGAGGAAUCUGUCCACGCUGGGAAGCAAGCCAGGCAGAAUGAAGCAGUGAUAUCCGAGUCCACUAACCCACAGAGGAGGGAAGAUCCUUCAGACUCUGAAAACGUGGAGGCUCUAUCAGACAACUUAGCCUCUCAGCACAGCCAGCAGUUAACAGGCACUGUAGCAAAAAUGGUUAACUCUGGUGUCACUGUGAUUCCAAUGAGCCAGCAGACUGAUGUGGAAGAUGCCAACCAAGGCUCAGCAAAAAAGUCCAAAACUCCAUCUCCAAGGAUGAAAGCUAAGCCUAGUGAGAAGCCCCUAGAAGAAGAACCCAUGGAGGAGCCAACACCAAAGAACGAUGUUACCUGGAAAAAGAGAAACAGAAAAACAAGUCUGGCCAAGCGGAGGACUGAAGGCAGGAAGGAAAUCUAUGACUUUGAAAACUCAGACUGUGCAAGUCAUGAAAAGGUUGCUGAAGCCAAAGGAAAGAUUCUUGGCCAGAAAGUUUCUUCACAAAAUAAGAGGAGUUAUGAAACGGGAAACAAGAAUGAGGAAGCAAAAAAGCUCGAGAGAAGGCCGAAGUUUCAUGAUGCAUCUGGCAAAUUGUCAAGAGAAGAAGAAAGUUUUAAGCAGAAGGACUCAGACAUAUUUAGCGGCACUGUCAUAAAAAAGCCUAAACUUUCCAGCUGGGAAACAAGUCAUUUGUCCUCUGACACUUCCUAUAAACCAAGAAAACUUUUUGAUUCAGUAGAGAAGGAAGAAGAGAUCCAAACAGGUCAGGAAAUGGAUGAUAGUGUGGAUGAUGCAUUUUUUACCAAGAUGCUACGUGAAGACUUCAGUGAUUCAGGGGUGAUUACUGCAUUUGAAAGCUUUAUCGGCCACCUAAAGAAAUUGUUCUGGUUGCGGUACAAAAAGAUGGAGACCAGCGCGCAGAAUGCCCUGAGGACUUCAGAGAAGAAUGUGUCCGCCCUGCUGAGCCAGAUACACGAGUGCAGGCUGAGCAAGCUGGAGACCUUCCAAAAGACUGUUGUUGAAGAGCUUGCAAGUCUUGAGAAGGAAACUCAAAUCUUGGCAAAUAUGGAGAAAGACGCAGUGGACUUCUGGAAUGCUCAGAUGCUGAAACUGAAUUCUUUCUGCAACCAGCAAAAGCAAAGAAUUCAGUCUGUUGACUCAGCCCUGGGUGAAACAGCAAGGAGUUUUGUGGACACUAUCCAGAAUACAACGUAUGAACGCCCAAUGAAGAAGGCAGUAGAAAACAAUGUGUUCAUUGUUCCUUCUGACUAG